GGAAAAUCUCGUUGUUUGCCCUUAUAAAUUGUUUUUACCUUCCCGAGCGCGGGCCGGCCCCCAGAAUUCCCAUUUUGGGUUUGGGGAACGAAUGACUCAGUUAGUCAGUUUGUUAAGUCACUACUGAUUCACCGUCGCCUUCAGUACCUGUGUUGAUCGGACACAGACUACGCCGGCCGGGCAACGCCAAACCACCGCGCCGGAGAAGGAAGGGUAAAAAAAACCCCGCCGAUCAGCACUAUCGGGAGCUGGCGCCUGCCUGUGGGGCCGAAAUUGAUUUUUGCGUUGGGAAGGAACAGAUUGUGUUGUUGUGUUGUGGAGACAAGUCCCAGCACAGGGAUUUGAACAAAAUUUAUGAGCACGAGAUCCCUCAACUCGAUACAGGAGUUUGAGUAGGAUCUCAGUGAAUGGCUCUUGCUCUCAAACUAGUACCGAUUUUGGUGCUUACCUAUGUGUUGGCAGCGAACAGCUAUGCUGUUGAAAAUGGUUUCAGCCAGUGUGAAAAUGUUCUUAAGAAGUGGAGCAGCUCAGCUCUUGAACAAGAAGCUAAGGAGGACAAGCAUACACUUCGAGAUUUAUUGUUUUUUCUUCAUAUCCCAAGAACUGGAGGGCGAACAUACUUUCACUGUUUCUUGAGAAAGUUGUACUCUGGCUCAGAUGAAUGUCCCCGUUCUUAUGAUAAGUUACGGUUUGACCCAAGCAAACAAAAGUGCAGGCUAUUGGUUACUCAUGACGACUAUAGCAUGAUUUCUAAGCUUCCUAAGGAGAAAACUUCUAUGGUGACCAUACUCAGGAAUCCAGUUGACCGGGUCUUUAGUGCUUAUGAGUUUUCAGUUGAAGUGGCUGCCAGGUUUUUGGUGCAUCCUAACUUAACGUCUGCAACUAAAAUGUCUGGUCGCUUGCGGUCUAAUACAUCUGGAAUUAGUACAUUGGAUAUAUGGCCCUGGAAAUACUUGGUUCCAUGGAUGAGAGAAGACCUGUUUUCUAGGAGGGAUGCAAGAAGGCAUAGAGGCUCAGAUAGAGUUGAGAGCAAUAACCCAUAUAGCAUGCAGGAGAUUGUGAUGCCAUUACUCCAAUAUAUAAAUGACCCUAUAGCUCGUGAUAUUGUUCACAAUGGAGCAACUUUUCAGAUUGCAGGAAUAACUAACAACUCGUACUUUCCAGAAGCACAUGAAGUGCGUCACUGUGUACAGAGAUACAAGGUCCUUGGAGAUUAUGUUCUUCAAGUUGCAAAGAAGAGGCUGGAUGAUAUGUUGUAUGUUGGUCUCACCGAGGACCACAAAGAAUCUGCUACCAUGUUUGCAAAUGUGGUUGGAGCACAGGUGAUAUCCCAGACAUUAUCAUCAUCAUUAAAUGCUACCACCAAGUGGAAACCGGCUAAUCACAAAACAGGUCGUGGCUCUUUAAUCUCAGUUCCAGAGGCUGACCACGAGGAGCAUCAAGUGGGGCAGGCCAACACCACACUUCAUUCCACAGAGAAUAUAAGUGACAAUAGAGAAAAUAUGACGGUGAAGAAACUAAUGGGGUCUUAUGAAGACUGCAUAAAGAGUUUAAGGAAGACACAGUCGCGCCGUCGAACUAGCUCUCUGAAGAGGAUUGCUCCUGCAAACUUCUCCAAGGCGGACCGACUGAAGGUUCCUGAGGUGGUGCUCGAGGAGAUCAGAUCUCUUAACCACCUAGAUGUGGAUCUUUAUGAAUAUGCUCGCAGCAUCUUCACUAACCAACACCAAAAGAGCCUGUUGCAACCAUAUGACGCCACUGAAGGCCUGGGAAGCAUUUUCAGCAGCUAUUCAUCAGAGGAAGGAAUACUGUCGUUCAGAUUACUGUCGUUGGGCAUGUUUGUGGCCUUGUUCCUUCUGGUCAUGCUUGUAUGUGUAAACGCCAGAAGGAAAAUAUCCAAAGUCAAAAUAUAACUGAACAGGUAAAAAAAAACAUUACGUAAGAUCAAAGGAGGGUGGUAGAGAGGAAUACACAGCUUCCAUACCUAAAUUAGGAUUUAACCUUUUUAACUCCCCUUUUCACCCUUUGGAACAACAGUAUUGGGGUAAAGUUUGACGUGAUUUAACUGUUGCAGAUAGGAUCAUUUCACAGCUCACGUGCUGAAUGUUGAUUUCCUAUCAGCAAGUGAUCUGUAAAAAUCAUGAUUGGGAUGACUUGAAUGCAUGGUUUCUAACAAUACCAUGCUUUUUCUCGUUUGAGUUGGGUACAAAAUUUCGCGCAUUUCAGUAAUUC